CCAGAGUCAACAUAAUUGUAGAUCUCAACAACUGAAACAAUCUAGGAAUGGGAUUUUUACGUACAAAAGCAAAUCUGUCUCAGACCCACCUCAACGCUCACUGAGAAAAGUCCAGUGUCUUGCAUCUUCUCUACAAGGUGUCCUUGCGGAUAAAGAUCCUCUUCACUUGUCUCCAGUUUUUACAAGAACUCCAACUAGCUCAAGCACGACAACAAGAGUACUUUUACAUUGGUAUUCACAUCGUCGUAAACGACACAGCAUUUUUAUCGAAAUUCACCGUCGCUGCAGUCACAUACAUCAAUCAUUGCGUCCCCCUAACGAUCCACUUCAUUCGGCGUAUAUCAUUUUGGAGAAGACAGGGACAGCAUUACGUCCUUGUGGCUUCGGAGCUCAUCAACAUUGAACUUCGAGUUCAAACCUUAAAAGCACACAAAAAAAAAAAAUGACCGAAAAAACCACGACAACAGGCGGUUCCCCAAAGGCGGGUGCCAUGAAGCAAAGCCCGAAAAAAGAGACGACCGUCAACGUUUCCGUUGUGUCGUCCAAGGCCGCUGGUGCUGAGUCUACUUCGCCCAAAUCGUCGUCGCGUCAAGAUGCUGAUGCAGCGAAGCAAGGGCAAACGAAAAAACGGAGAAUGUCGACGUCGCCGGGCGACUUAGUUGCGAGGAAAGAACACUUAUCAAGUGCAAAUAUGUCUGCGUCUGGAAGAUUGCAACUUGUCAUGCUCAGUCUGGAUCGUGCAAAAAAAAUAUGUGUUGCAUGAUUACCAAAAGUUGUAGCUUCUCACUUUUGACGGCCAGGUUGAGGAGGAGUUGUUUCCCAUGCAGGAGAGGCAUGAUAGAGAUCUCACAGCGUUUGUCAUGCUAGGCCCUGCUGCAUUCGUUCCAUGCAUACCUCGUCGGUGAUGGAAAACCUGCAUGACAAGUCUUACAUCCUUCCAGACCCAGACAUAUUUGCUUUUGCAAUCCAUAAUACUACAACUCUGUUGGAAAGGGACUCGACCGCGAAGCUCCGAUUUGGAUCGAGCACACCUGCAGAUUUGAAAAGCAGCAGUUUGUAUCAUGAGAAAAAAGUGUCUCAGUCUGACAAACCUGUGCAGAGGACUCACCAACACAAAUUUGCGAAGCAAGAAAAAAAAAUCUGUGAUGCGUUCAAACAUCAAGGGAAAGAAACACCUAUGGAACAAGACGACUUUCGUGCAUGUCGAGCAUGACAAAAACCUGUCUCAAGGAAGUUCCGUAUCACAAGUUGAGACUGAGACACUUUUUUCUCAGGAUAGUUUGUGUUGCCGAAACACUACGAGGACUCGCUCGAUUACAUCCUGCUGCCGCGCGUAUGAACUGCAAAAGUGUCUGGGUCUGGAAGAAUGCAACUUGUGACGCUGCGUUUGGAUUCAAAAAAAAUCUGUAUUGCAUGAGUACCAACGGGAAUGCAGUUUUUGCUACGCUGAGAAGGCAUUUGCCAUGCGGAAUAGGCAUCAAGAAGCCCUCAGAAAAUCUGUAUUGCUAGGGUACUCAUCACAGACAUCAUGGCUCAUGCAAAACGUGCAUGACAAGUGUCAGAAUCUUCCAGACCCAGACAUUUUUACAUUUGAUAGCGCGGCCUGCUAAACGACCGGAUUGAAGCGCUGGCCGUGCAAUAUGGAAGCGUCAGGAUUGUUGAAAUCGACAAAGUAAUUUCUCAUGCAUAAAUUGCGGGGCAUGAAGUGCCUCUCUUGCAGGGAUAGCAAGCGAGGCCGACUGUCAGCCUGUUUGGGGUUGGAAAUACUAGAGCUGCUAAAGUAUAGCAUGACAAAAGCAGUCUUCUGUGCCCAAACAGCAUGACAAAUUGGAUUCCGGUGCUCGGAAAAUUUGUCAUGCGCAGCUUGUUGAUAAGUGUGUGGGCUUCCGACUGGUACUGCUAUCGGUUUUAUGCAUGACAAACUAUUUCAACUUUCGAUUUCGAUCCUGACACAUCCAUAUGCAAAUGCGGCAGUUUUACGGGGACGAAGAGUUGCACGUGCUGUGCAUUUAUCCACUGCAAAAGUAUCUGAUACUUGUAUAAAUGCAAGUCUUGCAUUAAAAUGUUUUUUCUUAUCGUAAAUCCGCAUUACAAAUUUUAUGUCUCAUGCGGAGGAAAUUAGAAUUACUAUCUAUUAUAUUCAUGCGAAAAUACUGUUCUAGAGAGGGUAAACGAGAGGUGGCAGGGAGGUCAAAAAGAGGUCAAAAGAGGUAAAAAAGAGGUCGACAGAGGUGGAGAGGUGGCGCGGGAGGUAAUUCGAGAGGGUGGCCGAGAGGGGGCGCGAGUAUAGCCCGCCGAACCGGUCACCCUUUAGGGCCGCUAAGCGGCACGGAGGUGGCCGAGAGGUAAAAAAGAGGGCAAGCGAGAGGUGGACAGAGUUGCCGAGAGGUUGCGCGAAUAAGGGGAGACCUCUCGCGCACCCUCUGGGCCACCUCUCGGCCACCUUUGUAGACCUCUACCGGCGAGUAUAGCCGGACUAUUAGCAACACCUCUCGGAAGAGGUGAAAAAGAGGGUCUGCGAGAGGGGUAAAAAAACCCGAAUCCGCCCGGCACAGGGCUGAUUUUUUGCGGCCCUUUCAUGCAAAAGCCCGAACCCUCUCGCGCCACCCUCUCGCGCACCCUCUCGCGCCACCCUCUUGCGCCACCCUCUCGCGCCAACAGUUUUAUUUCCCACCCCGGGGAAUGAGGUGGGCGGGCGCGGGGUGGUGAUAAACAAAGAGCAGCGUCGGCCUCUGUCUGAUUCUUUCGGCACGCACCUACGCCGGGGCGGCAUCUCUUCGCCCGCAAGGUUUACUGCAGCUGCCCCCUGCGCAUAGCGCCGAAAGGCGCGGGAAGCGCGCAGGAGGCCCUGCGAGUUGACCUCGCGCAAAAUGGCGCUCAAAGUUUCCUCGGUCCGUCACGCUGUGCCCAAAGCUUUUGUGUCGCGGCCCGAUCCGCAAAUAGUCAAACCCCAGCACAACAGCCUUGCGCUCCGGCGUUAGCCGGAGCAUGGCUGGUUAUUUGUAAUGCAUUUAUACGAGUACCACGAUACUUUUGCAGUUCAUAGCAUUUUGAAAGGUAGUCGGGGCUUUUUUUCCAAACUGCUCGAGAUCUUCGACCGUAUUCACAAGUACUCCGUUGUGACGGAUGGUUCGGGGGCCGGUAAAACCACCACUAGAACGUUCAAGCACGCCCCGUACAUGGAGCACUACAUCCGCCUGAAAUCCUACGAGAACAUGCACUCUACCGGAGAAUUGUUGCAGGUAUGGAUUGCAAAACAAGUAUCGUGCUUGUACUAGUAUUUUUGCAAAAAUACAAACUAGCACCGCAUGACAAAUGAAAUUUGUCAUGCCGAUAUGCAAUUUGUCAUCAUGAUCUACCUUGGGAGCGAGAUUUGUCUUGCAUGAUUGCGACUAGUACCAGUCUUUUGCACAGGAUAGCAGGUGAUGUCCGACGACUUGACUGUGCUGGAAAAUAUCAACUGUAAAAAUGUCUCGGUCUGGAAAAAUCCAACUUGUCAUGCUAAAUCCGAAUCAUGUAAAAAUCUGCGUUGCAUGAUUACCAAAAGCUGUCCACUUUUGACCUAAUCGAGAGGCAGCUUCUCAUGCAGAACAGGCAUGAUAGAACUCUCACAGAAUCUGUCAUGCUAUGUCCUGCAUACCAGACCUCAUGGGUCAUGGAAAACCUGCAUGACAAGUCUAGCACUCUUCCAGACCCAGACACUUUUACAUUUGAUAGAAAACAAACACGUGCUAAUCGUCGAAGACAUUAUUGACACGGGUAACACUAUGCAAAAAAAAAAACGCCUAACGUGUGAGUCUGUGAUGCAGAAAAUGCAAAACAGGUGCUAAUAUUACGCUUGUCAUGCCCGAAGACAACCAUGAAGAGUCUUCUUUUCAUGUGUUUCUUCUCCUCGACGAAGGCACGCAUGACAAGUUUUCUCUGUCAUGUGGAGAAAAUUUGUGAUGCUGUCAGCCAAAGGAAGUGGAAGCUACACGAACACAGUUUUUUUUCUUGGAUAAGCACCCUGACUAAAUUUGUCGAGCACUUAAAGUCGUUUUCUCCGAAGACCAUCAAAGUUAUGGCGUUCUCAAAUGUUACAUUCUCAACUGUUACAUGAAUUUGCGAUGCAAGAAUGGCAAAAGUGAAAGGAAGGACCUUGCGCGUCUUGCAUGACAGGUUUGGCACAGAUUGUCAGCCUGUGUGGCCGUCUGGGAAUUUGUCAUGCGAAGCAGCUUGAUGGCGUCGAUGGUCAAGGCAAUUUUGCAUGACAAAUUCAUGUAACAGUUGAGAAUGUAACAAUUGAGAAUCCCAUAAAAGUGGCCAGCUUGUUAUGGAAGCGACCUCAGGUUUCAAAAUUCUCAAAGUUGAAAUCAUCUGUGAUGCCUGAAAUGCGCCGCACAAAAUGACUGUAUUGCAAUGGACGUCGCAUCAAUGGAGUUUGACUUUUGUGGUGGUCCUUCUACUAGUUAAUAACUGGAAUCGGGCUGCUGAUUAGCCUGAUAGAAGGGCUGCACCUCGUAGUUGCAUUAAACAGCAUGACAGACGUGCUUUAAGACGUGCAGCCCGGCGGGAAGAAAUUUGUCAUGUCGUGUCGACUAAUCAAAAAAAAAAAAAAGUCCCGUGCGAGUUGUCGCAUCUACUAGGAACGAUGUCAACUUUGAGAAUUUGAAACCUGAGGCAGCUCCUUCCAUACUUGUUAGAGAAGCGCAUCCCGAAGGAGAAGUCCUUUGGGUUCAUCGGCGACUUUGUCGGGUUUAGCAUUCCGGACCUGUUCAUUGUUGGAUACUGUCUGGACUACAACGAGCACUUUCGGGAUUUGGACCACGUGUGCGUCAUGAACUAUGAAUUGCAAAAGUAUCAUACUCGUAUAAAUUAUGCAUUACAAAUUGCCUCACCCUCAGCAUGAUGAGAAAGAAAAUUUGUAAUGCUGAUGCACCUUAAGAAAAAGAUGCGUAUAUGCAUGAUUGCGAUACGAGUAUCAGAUACUUUUGCACAGGAUAUGAACGGCAGUGGCGUGAAAAAAUUUGCGAAGUGACGAGGAGCUUCGGUUGCCAAAAAUGGGUGCUAUGCAUUGCAAAUAUGUAGUCGGGGUCCUCUGGAAGUAGGAAUACGAUGCAAGAAGAUGAAACUUGUCAUGCUAAGAAGUCUGCAUCGUGCAAAAAUCUGUAUUGCAGCUGCGUCAUUGCCAGCAAAAGUUGUGGUCCAGCACUUUUGGCCAAGUGAAGAGGGAGUUUCUCAUGCAGGAUAGGCACCGUAGAGAUCUGCUCACAGAAUUCACCGUGCUGGGUCCUACAUGCCAGGCCCCACGGGUCAUGGAAAAUUAUCCGUGUGACAACAAGUCUUGCAGGUUUCCAGACGUCCAGGGAUGAUAUUUGCAUUUGAUGUGCAGUACUUAUGAAGAUGUCCUCCGCGGUUCGUCAACAUGACGCACAAUUUCUACGUAGAUAGAAGAAUGGUGCUUCAAACGAUCACGUGCAUCCACACAGUUCACAUGCAAAAGGACUACUACAACAUGCACUUUUUGAAACAGAGCUACCGCUUGCGGUUGUCAAAAAAGUCAAAUUGCAAUUGCAACGCAGAAGUCGAAGUAAGGGACAACGACCGAGGUGGUCAUAUAGAAUUUUCGUGCGGGUCGCAUCAAGCAAAGACAAUUGAUACGACUGUCACGAAUAAAUGGCCCUGCGUAUACUGAUUUGUUGCGCACUGAAAUUGGUUUGAAGAU